AUGCUCAGCGAUGAACACCCUCAAUAUACACCCAGUACUCCUCUCACUCAUUUGCAAUGCCUCCUCGCCCAUUUUACCCUUUGUGAACUACUCACGAUGCAAAUUCCGGUACACCCAUCAUCAAAGAUACUGUAUUUCAAACCUACCCAGCCUAUCUCGCCACCCCCGGUUCUCAGAACCUCCAAACAUCGUUUAAACACAGUUACCAAAGAAAAAGUAAUGAAAUUUCGGGCCAGAGUGUAUCGAAGAUGGGAAAGGCCGAAGUUUGGGCCUGUCAACAACAGAGUUUGGGCCUGUCGACAACAAAACUCCAUAUGA